AUGAAUGAAGGUGAUACCAAUGGCAAUCUAAAAGCAACUACCGUGACAAGCUCCAGCUUAAAACAAGACAACAAUAUGGAGCCUGAAAAUAAUAAACACGCUAGCGAACAUGCAAAUGGCAAAUCAGAUACAAAUGGAAAUAAUAAAGAGAAUGCGUUAUUUAACAUCAAAAGCCAAAAUGUAAAACAAGAAGAUGCACAGAAAAACAAUAUGCUUGAAGUAGACAACAUGUGUAGUGAAGAUGAGACCAAUAUGGUCAAUUGUACAGAAAAACAAUCCGUGAAACCAGAGUUGCUUCAUCACAUGGAUAACAUUACAAAAUGGGAGUAUGCAAAAGACCGUCUCUUGAACAGGUUUGACCCUUUCCACGUGUUCCAAGUGCAGUGUAGAACAUGCGCACUACUAAGCGUAAAGGUAAAAGAGGGACGCAACAUAUCCAAGGGAAGCAGGCUUCAAGAUAUCUGUGAUACACCAGAUCCAUAUAUACAGCUCAACGUCACUAACAGGGGAACCAGAACAACUGAGACGAGACAAGAUAAUGUGAAUCCAGUAUGGAAUCAAUCCUUCAACUUCUACAUAGCUCCCGACAGUCACCAUAAAUUAGAAAUAAAUCUUAUAGACGCGAAUGCGGUAUGUGCUGAUACUCAUUUAGGCUCACAAAGUGUUGAUUUGACUCAACUUCCGACAGACAAAAUUAUAGAAAAAACACUUAAAUUCAAUGAGACUUCAGAAGUUGAUAUUUCAAUAAAGCUCUACAAAGAAUUGCCCAAAGAAAAUGCCUUGCGCGUCAAAGUCAUUAGAAUAAGAAAGAUUACUAAGGUAUCGUGGUGGAAGGAUAUAAGAGAUACACCCGACCCGUUUCUCAGGCUCAAUGUACCUGAAUCAGUAUCUGUGGAGAAAGAGACUGCCCAUAUCAGGAACAACACCAACCCAGAAUGGAACGAAACUCAUACAUUUUACCUACCCCCACAUUUACAUCAUCAGCUUGAGGUAAAGCUGAUGGACUCCAAUUGGCUAUUCUCUCACGAGAAACUUGGUGUGGAGAUAUUUGACCUUGACACGUUGACCUUAAGUGAAACCCAAAGGGUCACAAUCAAGUUUGAAAACGGUUCAGAAGUAGACCUUGAAUUGACACUAUUUGAAGAGGAUACCAGUCUUGCGUACAGCCUUGCACUUUGUGAUGAAGAGAAGGUAUUUCAAACAGAAAUAUGUUUGAGAGUGUUUGAAUCAAUGCAGACCUUACUAGGCGAUGAUGCUCCACGCACCGCCAAAGAGGUACCUACUGUGGCAAUGCUAUUUUCUGGUGGUGGUUACAGAGCUAUGGUAGGAAGCAGUGGGGCAAUGAAGGCUUUAACAGACACUAAACUGAUUGACAUUGUACAAUAUGUUGGCGGAUUAUCAGGGUCUUCUUGGUACCUGUCACAUCUCUACUCUCACCAAGAUUGGCCUUCUCUUGACCUCAGUAGGCAGCAAGCUGAGUUGAAAAACAGUAUAGAUGCGACCCACUAUCAGCAAUUUAGUCUGAAGAGAUUCCUUGAGGCCGCAAAGUACAUGUUAGCAAAACGCCAGAGAGGGCAACCAAUCAGCUUUACAGACUUCUACGGACAUGUUAUGAUGCACAUCAUCAUGAGUGAUAGAAUGGAUUCCACUCUUUCCGACUUUGCAGCGAAGAUAAAAAAUGGCGUUGCACCCAUGCCUCUCAUGACUUCUGUCCAUGUGAAAGAGACUGUAUCUGCAGAAGUAUUCCAUGGUGUCCAUUUAUUAUGGAUAUAG